AGUUGCUGUUCAACAUGGCUGUAUCUGCUGGGUCUCUUCCAGUUCCACUUUCACCUCUCUUCAUUUUCCUUCUCCUCCUCACUCUCAACUCAGGUGGGAAUGUGAAGAUGGGCAACGGACAGGUGAAAGAAAACGAGAGGAAGUGGUGUGUGGCGAGGCCUUCAGCAAGUGAAGCGGAGCUGGAAGCAGAUAUUACGUAUGCAUGCAGUCACGUGAGGGAUUCGUGCAGGCUGAUUCAGGAAGGCGGAGCCUGCUUCUUCCCUAACACACUCAUCAACCAUGCCUCCGUUGUUAUGAAUCAGUACUAUGCUGACAUGGGAAGGAACUCUUGGAACUGUGACUUCUCUGCCUCUGCUCUUCUUGUUCUCUCUAACCCAAGUUAUGGUGGUUGCUCUUAUGCCUAGUGGAACUAAUAAAUGACUCGUGGCGAUAAAGAUCUGGGUUUUGAUAUAGCUAGUACUAAAGUAUGUUUAAAGUUGGAUACAGGCAUCAGUAUGUGUAAUCUAAUGAAUUUACAGUAAUAAAGUUGACAUCUUCGUGAAAA